AUGGAUAUCAGCAAUUUUGAAGUGAAAAGUCUUCGUCAAUUAGUGAAACCUGGUGUCGUCGAUAUUAACACGCGAUUACUGUGGAAAAACAACGGAGAUAUUAGUGUCUUGCAACUGGCAAUUGAUUAUGGUGACGACGAAUUCAUUGACGAUCUUUUGCUGAACCAAGUGGAUGUUAAUCUCAACACGGAAUCGUACGGGACUGCAGUCCAUCAAGCUGUCAGUCGAGGUGAUCUUGGAUUAGUGAAAAAACUUGUUAAUCAUGGUGCGGACAUUAAUAUCAAGUCAUGUAGUGGUGAUAAGUUUACGGCAUUGCAUGCCGCAGUGAAAUCAAAUCAAUAUCAAAUCGCCGAAUUUUUAAUAAAGUCGGAAGCUGAUCUCGCUGCACGAAUUGACAUUGGCGGUUUUUAUAAAUGGACACCACUGGAUUUGGCCAUAUUUUUGAACAAGAUUGACUUCGUUGAGUUAUUGCUGAAAUACGUGAACUUCUACAGAAAUCUCGAUUUUUGCCACUCCCCUGUCUAUUUGGCAAUACGAGUCAACAAAAUUCCUAUCGUCAAACUUUUUCUCGAUCGUGGGGCAAAAGUCAAGUUUUUGAAUCGCGGAUCUUUCGGAUCAUGCCUUUCGCUGACUUUCGAAACAGAUAAUUUGGAAAUAUUCAAGCUAUUUCUCAAUGACAAUGAAAAUCUUGUGACGACUACUGACGGAGAUGAUAAUUCGCUGAUUCAUUUGGCUGUCAGAGAAAGUAGCCAAGACAUUUUGGGUUUCCUGUUGAAAAACGGUGCUGAUAUCAACGUCGUUAACAAACAUAAUCAGACAGCACUUGACUUGGCUCUUGUAAAAUUCUCUGAGAACCAACACGGCGACAAUAGCCGUAAUUUAGAAAUAAUAGAAACCAUUUUGGAACAUAUUGUUGAAUUGUGUGCGGCUAAUAUGUAUCUAAUAAAAAAAAAUCUACAAGCGAUCAGCAGUGAAGAAUUUGACUGUUAUUACGACGAUUGUUUAAGUGAUGUAAAGAAUAUGAAAGACACUAAGAUUGGCGAGAAUGUAGAUUAA